CUGCAGCUCACUACUAUGGAAGCUCGUGUAAUUAAAUAGAUAAUAUGACUUAAUGUUUAAAUAGCUAGGCUCUAUGUGUGAGUGUGUUUAUAGAGUUAAAUCGCUACAAUAGCAGUGUGAGAGUGUCAGGCUGGAGAAGAAGAAGACGGUGCUGAUGGUGACCUGCAGCCUCACUGUCACAUGUGUUAGUUCCUAUACUGUCUGAUCAGAGGUGACACUGACAUCUAACCGCGGUCCAGAUGACACCGAUCAGACAGAGCUUCCCGAAUCAACAUGACCACACUGAGGAGGAUCCAUUCGUGGUUCCCCCUCCUGCAGAAAGCUGCCGCAUCAGCACAAUGCAGACCCCCCCUCACCUGUCAGCACGCAGCCUCGGCCAUCACCUGUCACCAACACCGGCUGAGAGCUGUCUCCACCCUGCACACCAGAGCCUUCACAUUCUCUGCACGCACGCUCAAGAACACAGAUGAUGACCUCAAAGGUGGACAGCAACGUUUUGGAUCCACGAUGGAGGAGGUGGAGGAGGAGGAGGAGGAGGAUGAGGAUGAAGAUUUCAUCGAGGACAGUGAAGUGGAGGAGCUCUUCCAACAGCAGGUUCCCACAGGCAUAGAAGGCCACCACAGGGUCUUCAUUGUUCACCCUGAUGUCAAGUGGGGAAGCAGGAAGCAGUAUCUGACCACCGCUGAGCUGAUGAUGGCCGAGGCUGUGGGGCUCGUGAACACAUUAGACAACUGGAGAGUGGUGGAUCAGAUCAUCCUCUCCACCAAGACACCGCAGAAAAAGAGGAUAUUUGGAAAAGGCAAUUUCGAGUAUCUCACAGCGAAAAUCAGGCAAACAUCAGGAAUAACAGCUGUUUUUGUCAAUGUGGAGCGUCUGUACCCUUUGUCCGAGAGGGAGCUUGAGGAAGCCUGGGGGGUAAAAGUGUUUGACAGAUACUCAGUGGUCCUCCACAUCUUCCGCUGCAACGCCAGAACUAAAGAAGCCAAGUUACAGAUCUCACUGGCAGAGAUUCCCUUAUUAAGGUCUCGUGUGAAAAAUGAAAUCGCAAACUUGGAUCAGCAGGGGGGAAAGUCGAGAUACAUCGGAGGUUCAGGUGAGACGCUGAUGGAGUUCCAGCAGAGACUGUUAAAGGAGCGGGAGAUGAAGAUCCGCUCAGCUCUGGAAAAGCUGCGGAAGAAAAGACACCUGCUGCGAUCUCAGCGCAAACACAAAGAAUUCCCCACCGUCUCUGUGCUGGGAUACACAAACUGUGGUGAGAGGCUAGAAUCACACACACUGAGUCCUGAUAUUAGCAAUAUUUACAGUUUGAUGACACAAUUUAUUUCCCUUAUUUCAGGAAAAACGACUCUGAUCAAAGCACUGACUGGUGACAGCGGUCUCCAGCCCAGAAACCAGCUGUUUGCCACCCUAGAUGUCACCGUCCACGCCGGCCAGUUACCCAGUCACAUGACCGUGCUGUACGUGGACACCAUCGGCUUCCUGUCUCAGCUUCCCCACCAGCUCAUCGACUCCUUUUCUGCCACCUUGGAAGAUAUUAAACAUUCUGAUCUGUUGAUUCACGUGAGAGACAUCAGCCACCCUGAGACGGUCAAUCAGAAAGUGAACGUACUAAAUGUUUUGAAGAACCUACAAAUCCCAGACAGGCUGAUGAACUCCAUGAUCGAGGUCCACAAUAAAAUCGACCUCGUUGACGACUAUCAGCCCACAGAGCCCAACACAAUGGCCAUAUCUGCUUUGGAAGAGCGAGGCCUGGAGGAGCUGAAGGCAGUAGUGGAGAAAGACAUUGUGAACUCGACGGGAAAACAAAUUUUAGACCUCAAAAUAGACCUCAGCACUGCUCAAUUAAGUUGGCUGUACAAAGAGGCCACCGUUCAGGACGUGCAGGUGAAUGCAGAUGAGGGAUCGGCCGUCGUCAAGGUGAUCAUCAGCAUGGCUGCUUACGGACGAUACAAAAAGAUGUUCGCGGGGAGAUAACGGCGCCGGGAGGAGAGGAAAACUUUUUGUGCUGCAUCACCGAAGCUCCAAAUAAAUGACUGAUUCAGACCAGACACACACACACACACACACACACACACACACAC